AUGCCUUUACCAAAUAAUGAAUAUACAAUCUAUAAAAUCAACUUACUCUUUAUCAAUUUCAGCAGUGUAUCCGGAGAAAGGAAGGAAGAUUCGGACGUGUCGAGCGAUGAUGGCUUAUGCAGUUCAAAGCAACAUCAGCAGCAGCCGCAACAGCCCCCACAUAUGAUGCUAAAUCCAGCAAUGGCAAUGCCGCCAACAGUCCAGGACACAAACUGUCUGGCCGCAGCUGCUUAUAGCAAUCAACUGGCCGCCGCGGCGAGCACAAACCCAUGCUUCAAUUUUGCUUACAAUACACAUCCCUCGAUGCAGUACAUACCGAGUGCCGAUAUGCUACACAUGACCACCAGCUAUCAGUCUUUGUGA